CAGCGUCGGCUUUAGAGGCCUGAUAUCUGCAAGCCAAGAGCCCGCUAGUUUCAGGAAAAGGAGCGCAAGGGAGGGAGUCAUUUCCUUCACCGCCAUUUUGUGAUAACAAGGAGCCGAAAACAGAGCCAAGAACUGCACGCUGCCAGGUCGGACAUACAGAGAAAUAUCGCGGCUGUAACGCGGUACUUUCACAGCCUGUGUUUAUUCCGGUGGCCGAGGCUAAAAUGUUAUUAGCACGCCGGAGUUAACCUUGGUUAGCCCUAUUUCUGUUCCCUGCUACAUCGGUCGCUGCCUGCCACACUCACAGCUAACAGGAGGCUCGACAGCUCUUAUUGACUGAGUUCACAAUGACCAACGAGGAGCCUCUACCCAAGAAGGUUCGCCUCAGUGAAUCUGAUAUGAAGACCCUGACCAGGGAGGAGUUGUGCACAAGGUGGAAACAGCAUGAAGCAUAUGUCCAGGUCCUGGAGGCAAAAUAUGCAGAUUUAUGUUCCAAUGAUGUAACAGGGCUGAAGGAGUCAGAGGAGAAGCUCAAGCAGCAACAGCAGGAGUCUGCACGCAGGGAGAACAUCUUGGUCAUGCGACUUGCCACCAAGGAGCAGGAAAUGCAAGAGUGCACAACCCAGAUCCAGUACCUCAAGCAAGUCCAACAACCGAGUGCGGCCCAACUGCGGUCAUCCAUGGUGGACCCAGCCAUCAACUUGUUUUUCCUCAAAAUGAAGGCUGAACUAGAACAGACUAAAGACAAACUGGAGCAGGCCCAAAAUGAACUGAGUGCCUGGAAAUUUACACCUGAUAGCCAGACGGGGAAGAAACUGAUGGCCAAGUGUCGAAUGCUGAUUCAGGAAAACCAGGAGUUGGGUAGGCAGCUGUCCCAGGGACGCAUCGCCCAGCUGGAGGCCGAGUUGGCACUGCAGAAGAAGUACAGCGAGGAGCUCAAGAGCAGUCAAGACGAGUUGAAUGACUUUAUCAUCCAGCUAGACGAGGAGGUGGAGGGGAUGCAGAGCACCAUCCUCGUCCUGCAGCAACAGUUGAAGGAGUCUCGUCAGCAGCUGUCUCAAAAUCAGGGGUCACUGGCCGGAGCAGGACCCAGCAGGACUUCACCCGCUGCUUCCAGCUCGUCCGUUGAACCGUCCACCCAACCUGAGCAGGCCAGUGCACCCUCUGAGCCAAUGGGCAAAGACUACGGGAGGGUCUCCAAUGGACCAAGCAAUGGCAACUCAUCACAGAGGAGCGAGACCACUACACCCAGUCUGUACCGGGAGGUCAGCAGCACAGAGGAAGACUUUCCCAUGUCCCCCAUGGUCUCCAGCCCCGGCGAAGCUGAGACCAAACUGUCCAACCACUCGGAGGAGGCGUCAGGGAGUCAGACUGCUGCUGGGAGAGUUGGAGGACCUGUGGGUUUCGGGAGCCAGCUGAGCGCAGGGUAUGAGAGCGUGGAUUCUCCGACUGGCAGCGAGACAUCAUUGACUCAGCACUCGAAUGACACAGACUCCACCACCGACCCCCACGAGGACAAGGCUGCCCUGGUGACCAAGGGCACCAGGACUGCAGGGUCACGGCACACUCAGAACGGCCUGGACUCCAGCACGAGCGACAGUGCGGUUUUGUAAUGUACUUUGACAUGUACUGUCUUUUCUUUUUUAUACAAUAUACAAACAAGGCAACAAAUUGCAUAGUCUGUAACACAGCACUGCUGUCCAAGACAUUUUGUUUUCACCUUCCUCCCCUUGCCUAUCGUGAUGCCUCUGUCAAAUUUGUGUUGCUAAACAGGGAUAUAACAGGUAUGGGUUAAUGUUAGAUUUGAAUUGAGUGGAUGUAUGAUUUAAAACUAGUACCUUUUUCAUUCUGCUGUUUAUUUGAGCACGUCUAUGCUGUUCUUGUUUGAGCUCUUGACACUGAAACAGGCAUCUGGUGUUGUAACUCAUCGUCAAAAGUCAGUAAAAUCACUGAAUUACAGUAGCUUCGCAAUAUUCAAGGUCAUUUUUAGAUGUUGGCCUGUUUUUUUGUUUUUUUUAAUGCAAUUUUAAUUUUUCAUUGACAAACAAUUCUGUUCAAAAUAUUAUGUUAAAUUGUGAGUAGUUUAUAUGCGAUGUUCAUAUUAUUCUGACUUCAGUCCUUUUCAUGUACUGACCAAAUACCAAUAAAGAUUUUUAAUACUA